AUGCUGCCUCCAAAGCACUUGUCUGCCACCAAACCUAAGAAGUCCUGGGUCCCAAAUCUGUAUGAGCUAGACUUUGACUUGACUAAGGAGCCGGAUGUCAUCAUAGAAGGCCCAACUGACUCUGAAUUCUUUCAUCAGAGGUUUCGGAACUUAAUCUAUGUUGAAUUUGUUGGGCCUCGGAAGACCCUGAUCAAACUCCGAAACCUCUGCCUCAAUUGGUUGCAGCCGGAGACUCGCACCAAGGAGGAGAUCAUCGAGCUCUUGGUCCUUGAGCAGUUCCUGACCAUCAUCCCUGAAAAACUCAAGCCUUGGGUGCGAGCAAAAAAGCCAGAGAACUGCGAGAAACUCGUCAGUCUGCUAGAGAAUUACAAGGAAAUGUACCAGCCGGAAGACGACAGCAACAGUGACAUGACCAGUGACGAGGACAUGAACCAAGAUGGAAGAGAGUCCCCCCAACCUCGCGCAGUCCGUUCUUUCAGCAGUGACCGGGAUCAUGACCGCGACUGGACCAGGAGGGGCAGAAGCAGAGAUGUGGAGCCCCGAGACCGCUGGUCAUACACCAGGAACCCUAGAAGCAGGCUGCCUCAACGGGAUCUUUCCCUUCCUGUGAUGGCAAAAACAAGUUUUGAAAUGGAAAGAAAUGACAACAGGGACUCAAUGGACUAUGAAUCCCGAUCUCAGGAUGCUGAAUCAUACCAAAAUGUCGUAGACCUUGCUGAGGACAGGAAAACUCACAAGACAAUCCAGGACAACAUGGAGAACUACAGGAAGCUGCUCUCACUAGGGGUGCAGCUUGCUGAAGAUGACCGCCACUCCCACAUGACACAGGGCCACUCAUCCAGGUCCAAGAGAAGUGCCUACCCAAGCACCAGUCGAGGUCUGAAAACUAUGCCUGAAGCCAAAAAGUCAACCCACCGGCGGGGAAUUUGUGAAGAUGAAUCUUCCCAUGGGGUGAUAAUGGAAAAGUUCGACAAAGAUGUGUCACGCAGUUCCAAAUCAGGAAGAGCAAGGGAGCCAAGUGAUCGGGCGCAGAGAUUCCCCAGAACGUCAGAUGAUAAUUGGAAGGACGUUUCAUUAAAUAAGAGGGAGUCAGUGAUCCAGGAGAGGGGUUAUGAGGGGAAUGCAGUUAGGGGAGGCUUUAGGUUUAACUCAAACCUUGUUUCCAGAAACAGAGUUAUUGAGAGAAAGAGGCGCUAUCAUUUUGACACAGAUGAGAAGGGCUCAACUCAUAAUCAGAAAGGCUGUGCCAGAAAGAAGCCCUUUGAAUGUAGUAGUGAAAUGAGGAAAGCUAUGAGCAUGAGCAGCCUGAGCAGCCUGGGCUCUCCCUCCUUCACUGAUUCGCAGCCAGUUAUUGAUUUUGCGGCAAUGCCCUAUGUGUGUGAUGAGUGUGGGAGGUCGUUCAGUGUCAUCUCAGAGUUUGUCGAGCACCAGAUCAUGCAUACUAGAGAGAACCUCUAUGAGUAUGGCGAGUCCUUUAUUCACAGUGUGGCUGUCAGUGAGGUCCAGAGAAAUCAGGCUGGAGGGAAACGCUUUGAGUGUAAGGAGUGUGGGGAGACCUUCAAUAAGAGCGCCGCCUUGGCUGAACACCGAAAAAUUCAUGCUAGAGAGUAUCAUGCAGAAUGUAGGGAUCAGGAGUAUGAGGAGACCUUCAUGCCUAGCCCGACCUACAGCGAGCUUCAGAAAAUAUAUGGCAAAGACAAAUUCUAUGCGUGCAGGGUGUGUAAGGAAACCUUCCUUCAUAGUUCUGCCCUGAUUGAGCACCAGAAAAUCCACUUUGGUGAUGACAGAGAUAAUGAGCGCGAUCGCGAGCGGGAGCGCGAAUGGGAGCGCGAGCGCGAACGCGAACGGGAGCGCGAACGCGAACGUGAACGCGAACGGGAGCGCGAACGCGAACGGGAGCGCGAACGCGAGCGCGAGCAAGCCUUUAUGUCUAGUUCAACCUUUAACGAGUUUCAGAAAAUGUAUGGUAAAGAGAAAAUCUAUGAAUGUAAGGUGUGUGGGGAGACCUUCCUUCAUAGCUCAUCCCUGAAAGAACAUCAGAAAAUCCAUACUAGAGGAAACCCAUUUGAAAAUAACGGUAAAGUGUGUGAGGAAACCUUUAUUCCUGGUCAGUCCUUUAAAAGACGUCAGAAAACUUACACUAAGGAGAAGCUGUACGACUUUAAUGAUGGUAGGGAUGCUUUUAUGCAGAGCUCAGACUUCAGUGAGCAUCAGAAAAUUCAUCCUCAAAAGAACCUCUUUGAAGGCAAAGGGUACGAGAAAUCUGUCAUUCAUAGUGUACCCUUCACUGAAUCUCAGAAGAGUCAUACUAUAACAAGACCACCUGAAAAUGAAGAGGAGGAGAAGGAGUUCACCAUCAGUUCUAACCCCAAUGAAAACCAGAAGUUUCCUACUAAAGAAAAUGUCUAUGAGGGGAAACCAUAUGAGAGGUCUGUUAUUCAUAGCUUAGCCUCUACUGAAGCUCAGAAAAGUCCCAGUGCAGCGGGGCCCAUUAAACCCAAAGUGAUUGCAGAGUCUACCAUCCAGAGCUCGGAUGUUAUUAACCAUCAGAACGUCCGUGUUGGAGGGAACACCUGUGAAGGAAUGGAAUACAAGAGGUCUGUUAUUCAUAGCUUAGCAGCUCCCAAACCUCUGAAAAUUCACAAUGGAAAUGAGCUGGUUGAAUGUAAUGAGAAGGGAGAAUCCUCCAUUUAUAUCUCAGACCUUAAUGAUGAGCAACAGAAGAUUCCUGCCAAAGAGAAGCCUUACGAAGAAGGUAAGACUAACAACUACGAGGACUCUGUUAUACAGAAUGUAUCUCAUGCCAAACCUCAAAAAAGUAUUACUGGAGAGGGAUCUGGUGAAGUUAAGAAGGAUGGUGAAUUCUCUGUUCCCAGUUCGAAUGUUCGUACAUACCAGAAGGCUCGUGCUAAAAAGAAGUACAUUGAGCAUAGAAGCAAUGAAACCUCUGUAAUUCACUCUCCACCUUUUGGCAAACAGCACACCGUUCACCCUAGAGAGAAGCUCUAUGAAUGUCAGGAGUGUGGGGAGUCCUUUGCAUAUAGCUAUGACCUCACUGAGCACCAGAAGAUUCAUGACAGAGAGGAGUCUUCUGGAAGUAGAACCUAUGAGCUAUCUGUCAUUCGCAGCUUGGCCCCUACUGACCCUCAGACAAGUUAUGCCCAAGAGCAAUACGCUAAGGAACAGGCACGCAUUAAAUGUAUGGAGUUCAGGCAACGCUUUGCUACUAGUGAAGACCUCAACACACAUCAUAAAACCUAUACCCAAGAGCAGUCCCAUGGUGAGGAGACCCAAGGCAAGGACACCCAUGGCAAGAAGACUCAUGACGAGGAGACUCAUGGAGAAGAGACUCAUGGUGAGAAGAUUCAUAGUGAAGAAACACAUGGCAAUGACAUUCCUGGUAAGGACACUCAUGGUGAGGAGACUCGUGGUGAAGAGACUCGUGGUGAAGAGACCCGUGAUGAGGAGAUCCGUGGUGAAGAGACCCGUGGCAAGGAGACCCAUGAUGAAGAGACCCGUGGCGAGGAGACCCAUGGUGAAGAGGCCCGUGGUAAGGAGACCCAUGGCAAGGAGACCCACAGUGAGGAGAUCCAUGGCCAGGGGAUGAUUGAAGACUCUGUCAUUCAGGGCUCAGACCUGGCUGAACCUCAGAUGGAAGACCCUGAUGACACAAUCUAUGAGUGUCAGGACUGUGGGCUGGGCUUUGUGGAUCUCACAGACCUCACAGACCAUCAGAAAGUCCACAGCAGGAAGUGCAUCGUUGACACUCGUGAGUACACACAUUCUGUAAUUCACACCCAUUCCAUCAGCGAAUAUCAGAGAGAUUACACUGGAGAGCAGCUGUAUGAAUGCCCAAAGUGUGGGGAAUCUUUUAUUCAUAGCUCAUUCCUUUUCGAGCAUCAGAGAAUCCAUGAACAAGACCAGUUGUAUUCCAUGAAGGGGUGUGAUGAUGGUUUUAUUGCCCUCUUGCCAAUGAAGCCACGGAGGAAUCGUGCUGCAGAAAGGAAUCCUGCCCUUGCUGGAUCAGCCAUUCGAUGCCUUCUGUGUGGGCAAGGCUUCAUUCACAGCUCUGCCCUUAAUGAGCAUAUGCGACUUCAUAGGGAAGAUGAGUUACUGGAGCAGAGCCGGUUGGCUGAGGAAGUUAUCAUUCCAGGCUUAGUCCUCACUGAGUUUCAGAGAAGUCAAACUGAAGAGAGACUCUUUGAAUGUGCAAUAUGUGGAGAAUCCUUCGCUGAUGCAGCAGACCUUGCGGAUCAUGUAAGUGUUCAUAAGAAUGAGCCUUAUGAGUAUGGGUCCGCCUAUACUCAUACCUCAUUUCUUACUGAGCCCCUCCAUGGAGCUAUACCAUUCUAUGAAUGCAAGGAUUGUGGCAAAUCCUUUAUUCAUAGCACAGUCCUCACUAGGCAUAAGGAGCUUCAUCUUGAAGAAGAAGAAGAUUCAGCAGCAGCAGCAGCAGCCCAAGAAGUUGAGGUCAAUGUCCUUGUUCCACAAGAAGUUCUGCAGAUUCAGGGCUCAAAUAUAGAGGCUGCCCAGCCAGAAUUGGAGGCUGCUGAGCCCGAGGUGGAGGUUGCUGAGCCUGAGGUGGAGGCUGCCGAGCCAAAUGGCGAGGCGGAAGGGCCAGAUGGAGAGGCUGCAGAGCCGAAUGGAGAGGCCGAACAGCCGAAUGGAGAGGCUGAACAACCAAACGGGGAUGCUGAUGAACCAGAUGGUGCAGGGAUCGAAGACCCAGAAGAAAGAGCUGAAGAGCCAGAGGGAAAAGAUGAAGAGCAGGAGGGAGAUGCCGAUGAACCUGAUGGUGCAGGGAUCGAAGACCCAGAAGAAGAAGGUGAAGAUCAAGAGAUUGAGGUGGAAGAACCAUGCUAUGACUGCCAUGAAUGCACAGAAACCUUCACUUCUGGUGCAGCGUUCGGUGAGCACCUGAAAGCUCAUGCUAGCAUAAUCAUAUUUGAGCCUCCCAGGGCCUUUGGGGAGUGCUCGGGCUACAUCGAAUGUGCCAGCACCAGCACAGGUGGUGCUGAUCAGGCUGAUGAGAAGUACUUCAGAUGCGAUGUCUGCGGGCAGCUCUUCACUGACCGCCUGUCCCUUGCCAGACACCAGAACACCCAUACCGGCUGAGAGCAUGGGAGUAAAAGUUGGAAAACCUUCCCCUAGGACAUGGUUCUUAACCAAACUAUGGAAAAUUCAGACCAACCCUUGGUAGUGCCAGUAGCAAACUUACCGUAACAUGUAUACACCUGACUUAACAUCAGACAGCUCAGACUGAGAAGAGACUGAAUGUGGACACUCUUUCAGUAUUAGUCUCUGCAUCAGACAUCAGUGUCUACAUGUGGAACAGCCACAGCAAACACCUUAUCUUUCAUACAAAUAACCAGAGUGAGGGAAAAACCCCAUAAGUAUUUGAGACUAAAAUGAUUGCCCCAAUCAACUGUAAAUGACAUGCCUGUGAACUAUAUAUAAUAUUUCCUGAGGUGUACAUAAAAUACCAAAUCGUAGCAAAGCAGUGAUCAUAUAUUUGGAUUUAAUAUGAUAUACAGUUACAGUUUACUGUGCAGAGGUACCUUACUUGGUACUCUUUGAUUUUUCUUUUUUUGGAGGAGGAAGAGAGCAACAAAUUAGAAUAUAUUUGUAAGUGUCUUAGAUUCUGAGAAAGAUUGAUUGUGCGUUAUUUGAACCCCGUCAGUAUCCUUCUGGGUAAUUGUAUUUGUUCCUUACUCUUAAAUAGUCUUGUGAAGGUACAGGCAUGAAAGAUAACAUGCCUUUUACUCUUUGCUGUUUGAAAAGAGAAGUUCUUUUACCUUCUUUCUGCAGCCAUUUUGUCUGCACCAACACUUUGGAACUUAAUGUUGUGUAAGCUUUUACAAUAUGCAGAUUGGCCUUUUGUGACCCAAACAUGAUCGGUUGCCACAUUGUAUGUACCUUGCAGUGUUUCUCAUUUAAAAAUAUUACAAGUUUCAUUGUUUUUUUUUAAACCAACUCAACGUGUGUUCAAUAGUGAAUUCAUAAAACCUGAAGCUUUUCCCUGUAAAUCUUACGUCUUUGCCUUUAAAGAAUGGGUUGCAACCAUCACUAGAUCACAGUAGUGCCUAAUGAAGGUUGAGAACCGUAGGGGAGGCUCUCAUGCUGUAAAUAGGGAUGCAGGCUAACGACCUUUCAUCACUUCCUUUGUGCGCUUCCCUGCCUUAAGUGACAAGUAGCAAUGUGGCUUGGGUCCCCAUGCGUUAGUUUGUGCUGCCACAAGUCAGUUUGCAUCCUGGGUGCCCAGGAGCUAAUAUCCUUAGAUCCUUCUAUGGCUAAUUUUCCUCUUCUUUACCUGUCUUACCCUCUGACCCAAUGUUUUGCAUUUAAAAUAAAAAAAAAAAAAAAAGCUUUCUUUACAGUCCAACCCAAGCUGAACAUGGACUCAGGUUCCCCAGCAGCCUUAAUUUGUUUUGUUACCAUGUAGUCCUUCUCUUUUAGCCUUCAGUAUUUCUGAGCUGUCCAUUAGAGUGUUGUAUUUGUCUGAUCUCCUUCAGUUUUCCUCUUAAUCACAAGUUGAUCUCACAGCUUGCGGUCCCCACCCCCCUGCCCCACCCUGUGUCCUAUAAUAUGGACCACCUGUGCUCCUUUGCUUCCCUUCCGCUCGCAUAAUGGCUAUAUUAAGAAAUUUUUUGGCCAUGAGUUGGCUGGAAAAAAAAAUUUUAAAUUUAAAAAAACUUAAAAAAAUAAAAGAUCUGUACAUUAAGUGAGCAAAACAUAAGUGCAGAUCGUUAAAUACCCACUGGGGGAAAUGUGUCUGAAUCUUACUCUCCUAGAUCGGGAUUAGGGCUCAUGGGGAGCGUGUCAAAGCUGCAGGUAAUGCCAAAGUCUAGGGACGUUGCAGAGCUGACAGCAAGAAGCAAAAAUGAGUAAGCCAAAGAAGGGAGUCCUAAUACAUCACCAGAUCUAGGAAGGAGAGGAGACAGACAGAAGAAAACACCGGAGGCAGGAUUGGAAAGCUAGGUAGUGAGAAUGAAUUGAGGUGGUGUCCUGCGCAGUUUGAAGGAAGCUGCUUUCUUGGUGGCAUGGUGUAGGUGAGGGCCAGCUGCAUAGGAAGACCUGAGGUUGGAAUGGACAUCCUGGCACACUGAGGGAAGAGGAGUCUUGAGAUGGGACUCAGUGUUGAUGUUGGGGUGAACUUGAUGGGUUCGUUACUGUUCGAAGUGUUAAUCAGUAGGCUCUUUUCAGAAGGCAGUUGCCAAACGUCAGGGUGUCUGUUCCAACCUUAAGUUAGUGAAAAGUUAGUAACAACUUAAAUGAUAAACAAUAGGGCAAUGAUUAAGUAAAUGUAUCUGUGGACUCUUAUGCAGCUGUUUAAAAAUGAUAAUCAUGAAUUGUAGUAACGUGGAAAUAUAUUUACAGAAUAUUAAGUGGAGAGAGCAGGACACAAAAUUAUAUUUAUACUUUAAUUAUAACUGUUUAAAAAUGUAUGCUUAUAGUGAAAAGCUGUUGUGGUGGUGGUGGUGUUGUUGUAGGCUUAUAGUUGAGCAUUAUUUUCUUAAAUUCCUUAAUCUUUAUGGUAGUGUUACUAAAAUGUUUAUGAUCACAUUACCAUUGUGAACAUAAUUUGAACUCAUUAUCAAACACUUGGAAAAUACAGAAAAGUGGAGGAAAAAAAAUUUACAUCCCCCCAUCCAAAGACAGAUAUACUCUUCAAUAUCUUGUUUACUUUUGUUUCUGUGCACAGGUUUAUGAUUACAACUGUGUCAAAAUAUGUAUUCAAAAUAGCUAUUAUGUUACCUUUUUGGAAUUAUGGUUAAAUACUUUCAUCUUAAUUUUUUCAAAUUGUUCCUUAAAGUAGUGUCCGGAUAACAAAGUGUAUUAUGUAUGUCUCCAAUACAAACAUAAUACAUUCCUCAAAGGAAAAAUUAGGAAAUAACAGUAAAUUAGAAAAGAAAAAAUUCCCCCAUAUUCCCAGCACCCAACAACUACUGUUAACAUCUUGAUCUAUUUCCUCCAUCUUAUUUCAGUGCACAAGCUUGUGAUUAUAACAGUGUUAAAUAUGUAUACAUAAAGUCUAAUAUGAAAAGAAAUGUGGAAAAUAACUAAAAUAGUAUUGUCAUUGUGGGAUUAUGGUUAAAUAUUUUGUCUUAAAUUCAUUGAAUAAUCUUUGGUGUUUUGGUAAUAAAUUUUAUGUAUGUAUUUUUCCAUUACAAAUAUAAUACAUACUCAUAGAAAACUUUGGAAAUUCAGUAAAGUAGAAGAAGAAAAUUCACCCGUAUUCCCAACACCCGGCAACAACUGCUGUUAGCAACAUCUCGAUCUGUGCACCGGUCUGUGAUUAUUGGGGUGUUAAUGAUAAGUAUCCGUAAGUCCAAAGAUGGGAAGAAGGAUGGAAAACAACUAAGAAAUCGUGUGGUCGUUGUGGGAUAAUGGUUAUUUUGUCUCGAUUUCCUUGAGUGGUCUUCAUCAUUAUAGUGUUUUGGUAGUCCACCUUUAUUACAUAUAUUUCCAUUAUAUAUGAAGAUAUGAAGUAUGUGUUUAUUAUAGUAACUUUGAAGUACAGAAAUGUAGACGAGAAACUCACCCAUAUUUUCACCAUCCAAAGACUAUGGUUAACAUCUUGAUGUAUUUUCUUCAUCUUGUUUCUGUGCACAGGUUUUUGGUUUGUUAAUAUGGUUGUGGUCGUUCUAUCUAUCUGUAAUAGUGUCAACAAUAAAAAUAAAGUUAAAAAUAAAAUAUUU